UCUCAGCUGACGUCAGGAGAAAUGGCGGACCAGGAUGGCAGCGACGCAUCUCCUCCCGAGUCCCAAGAGACACAGCAGCAAUGUGCAGACACAGGAAUUAGCUGUUGGCAUUACCUCAUAGCUGUCUACGUCUUCACCGAGAAGAAGGCUUUUAGAGGUGACCCCGUCCCCCACCAUCCUCUGGCGUCCACCACUUACCUGCCCCCCCCCCCACCACCACUGCAGGGUGGGAUGGGCAGGGGCUGGGUGAGUUAGCCAGGGGCUCGAGGGUUAGCAACAGGGCAGGCGAUGCCACAGAGUAAGGGACGAGAACAGGGAGGAGGUGGAGGUGGGUGCUCCCGGGGCAAGUGGAAGCUGAGGAAGGGAGGCAGCCGGUCGGCCAUCCCGGCACUCUUCACCAUCACUGAGGAGGAGGAAGGACAGAGACGGAGAGAUGCUUGCAAGAGGAAGAAAAGAGCGUCUUACUCCCAGUAUAAAUCGGAGGAUGGCAGAACGUCUUCAGCCACCCGUCCCAGCUCCUCAGGCUCCGGACAAAACUACAGUCCCACCUUGACCCCCACACCCACCCCCACCCUGACUCGCACCACCACCAGCAACAGCCCCAGUAACAAUGCUGCAACCAAAACCGACUCGUUGCUCUUCAACAAGAUCGACGAGAGACAGAGAUUAGCCCGUGAGCGCCGGGGGGAGCAUGAGAAACAGAAUGCUGUCAAGGAGGCCCAGUGGCAGGCACGGGAUGAGCGAGCCAGGCAGCACUAUGAGAAGCAGCUGGAUGAGAGGAAAAGAAGACUGGAGGAGCAGAGGGUAAAGGAGGACAAGAGACGGGCUGCCGUGGAUGAGAAACGACGGCAGAAACUUGAGGAAGACAAGACUCGUCACGAGGCGGUGAUGCGUCGCACGUUAGAGAGGAGCCAGAGAACCAGACAGAAGCCCAACCGGUGGUCUUGGGGAGGGCCGCUGAACACAAACACUCCCAGCACGCCAGCCGGUUUUGUCGAGUCGGCUUUCCUCUAUCCACUCGACCUUGCUGGACUGGAGCACAUGCAGAGUGCUUUCAGUCUCUACCGCAGAUACGGAGUGACCUCCCAAUAUGCUGACAGGCGGUCAGUGUCCACAAUGAAUUUAUCCAAACACACAGACCCUGUUAUUACCAAGCGCCUCUCCUACUCCUCUGCCACUCUCCUACACUCACCAGACCGAGGCUUACAGAUGAGAACAGCCUCCUCCCCUGUCAUUAACAAAGCUCAGUCCAAACUCCGCCUACACCCGGGAAAGACCACCCAGCACAAAAACUCAGGCAUGCGCCGUCUUCCUUUGACGCCAUGGGAGAGCAAUGUGGUGAACCGUCUGCAGCAGCCGACCCACUCCUACCUGGCUCGUAGCCGCAGUGCCAUGAGUCUGUCUGGAGAGCAAACAGCCAUGCCUGUUUGUCCUCGCUCAGUGUCCUGCCACCCCAUGGGCUCCAUGUCCUUCAAAGUCCUGCAGGCCCAGCCGCUUCCCCACUGCCGCAGCCAGGAGAGGAGCCUCAGCAGGGGGACCAUCUCGUCUUCCACCACCACCACCACUGCUCGCAGGAGGACCACCGGCGGCACACAGCGGAAGGACUGUGACCAUGUCAGGAAGUCAUGGAGCAACCUGUCACUCCCAUUGGCUCCCAUUCUGACUUUGCCCCCCAACAAGCGCUCCUCUUCUCCAGGCAAGAAGAACCGAAAAGUGACAGCGCCCUCUCCUGGCAGGCCUCCACAAAAGUCAGCAGGGCGCCCCCCGACCCCCAAGCUGCUUAAGUCUCCCGGGACAGAGGACCCUGGAAAUCUUCGUCCUUUCAAGGUCACACCUGAGAGCCCCAAACCCACCAGAGGCCCAGGAGAGGAGGAAGAAGAGCAGGUCCUCAGUCCUCUUCAGCCUCGACCUCAGCCGCUGGGUCAGAACAAGAGCAGUAGUGAGCAGACGCCAGCAGCAGCCAGCGAGAGUGCAAGAAGUCCUCCAGCCCACAAGCCUUCAGCAGGCACGACAAAUCCAGAGGAGGCGAGUCGUAUCCUGGCUGAAAAUCGCCGCCUGGCCCGCGAGCAGCGGGAGAGAGGGGAAGAGGAGCGCAAGCAGCAGGAGGAGCAGCGAAGGUUGGCGCAAGAGGAGAUGGCUCGCCGUAAGGCCGAGGAGCGAGUCAAGAGAGAGGAGGAGGCUCAGCGGGAGGCUCAGCAUCAGGCAGGGCAGAUGAAAAUGAAGGAGGAGGAGGAGAGAAAGGUGGAGGAAGAGAGACUUCAGAAAGAGAGAGAGGAGGCAGAGAGACUCCAGAAACAGAAAGAAGAGGAAGAGUCUCGACAAAGGGAGGAGGCGGAGCGACUGAGGCAGGAGAGAGAGAAACACUUCCAGAAAGAGGAGGCUGAACGUCUGGAGAGAAAAAAAGCGUCUGGAGGAGAUCAUGAAGAGAACAAGGCGUUCAGACACAUCAGAGAAGAAAGUUGUUCCCAACAGAAAUGGAGACAAUGCAGUUGUUCCUGUGGUGCUGUUUCUGACUGCUGUGUUGGUUUUCUCUCGUCAUCAGAGAGCCCUGCCGCUCCUAGUCCAUCUGCAGGGACUGCGUCCCCGACACACAAUAGCAACGGUCGUCAACCUGAUCAAAACCCCACAGCACUGAGCCAUCCUGACCAGAGGGAGAACGGGGAUUUUGAAGAGGUGAUUGUACUGCCUUCACAUUCCAGGCUAUCUCCUCCUGAGGGAGAGGAGGAGCAGCAGCAGGAGGAGGAGAGAGUUCCUGUCUUAGCCUUCAGGGAGAAUGGUCUCCUAAAGCCUCUAAGCGGAAUAGAAGACAUAUCAGUCCAGCAGGGACCAGAUGUUGCCUGAUGUCCUGUUAGGCCGACAUGAUUCCACACCCAGAGAGACAGGAAGUGAGAUGGCCAGAAAGUGGGAACACAGACCUGUUGGACCGACUCAAAGGAAGGACUCGCAGCAUCACAGCCAUUCUCGACCCUCCCGUGACAGAAGAGCACCGCAGCCAUUUCUCAAAGAUGGCGUCUCCAAAGCAUCUCCAAAGUUACUUUCCCCUCAACAAACUCUCUGGGGAACAGAUUGCCCGGGUCAUAAUGUUCUGUGUACAGCCCCAAACAAUUCUGAAGUGAAUGUCCUGAAAUCACAGCAGGAUUGAAUGCCAUCUCGUGACUCUCGUGAUGUGUGUGUGAAUGAGAGUCCAAUAAUAAUAAUGUAAACUGAGAUCAGCUGUAAAGUCUUCGGCCAUGAUACUUGAAGAGAUUUGUUUGUUUGUUGCUGUAGAACACACUGUAAUCAGAUUGUGAAAAUCAGCAAUAUGGCGUUAUGACUGGAACCCGCACAACACGCUCCAAAUUGCAAAGUUUAAUUAACGCUCUUAAACCGGAAACCUCCUGAUUCUCAAGUUUCAACGUUUCUAUUGAAACGUUAGAGAAGAGAUGGGAUAUAGGAAUGAAGUCCGUGCAUGAAGUUGUAUUAUGACUACAGGAAAGUGUCAUGUAAUGUAAUAUAUUUUUGCUGUGUCUACAGUGUUUAAGACGAGAGGUUAUUAUUGGGGUGAGGCAGGGGCGUUGGAGUUUCAUGGAGUUUAAGUUAAAUAAUGAAAAUACAGUUCUCGACUGAGAAUUUGGAGUGUAAACUACUGAUUAUUGUUAUUAUUGUUUAGUUUUAUUUAAUUGCUGUACAGAUGAAAUGUGAUUCUUUGUUUCGUCCUCAAUACUGUCUUUCUGUUUUAAAUUGAGAAGAAAAAAAAAUCUGCUUUACGUUAAGUCCUGCUCUUUACCUUUUUAUUUCUUUACCCUUUACAUGCAUCCUGUCACACGGUCUAACUCGGCCAGUGUUGCAGGACUGUAGCUUAGCCACCUUGUGUUGGAGGUUGACUUUUUUGUUUUGGCCAAGCAAACACAAAAUGGAUUAAACUAAUUUGCUGGUGAUGUUAAUUUUGAAACAAUCGGAUACGUUUGAUCUUCUUUUGAUUAAGGAUUUAAGAAGAAAUGCUGCUAUUUGUGAUGUUCCUUUGCCUUACCGCAUUGUAGAGAGAACGAGGCGACUUGUCUUCCUCACUGAAGUGAAGAUAUGCAUUCCCAGCGUGAGCAUUGACAUUCUGGCCACAUGCCAUAACUCUCCAGUGGCUUCCUUCGCUUGAUUUAUGUUAAGUGUGAAAGCUUGUGAUGAAAUGUAAUGUCAUCAUACAAGAGCUAUAAUGUCAACACAAUUGGUCCUUUAUACAGCUUUUCACUAAUGAAAGACAAAGAGGGGGAUUAAAGUAAAACACUGGAACCCAACCACACUGUCAUAAUCGCUUCCAUCUUUUACACUCUGUAAUGCUGCUCUCAAACCUCUGCACUUAGUUUUCUCUUUGUUCAAAUCUUGCAGUACCACCAAAAAUGUAAGGAAACUUCAGAAAUGUUACUUGUGUGUUUGUUAUGUAGUGCUGGUCUCUGCCAGUAGUACAUAGCAUUCUGUUCAACAUGGAUACUUGAAAAUAAAUUGUUUGUAAAUGA